ACAUAUCCGCCAUGAUUAUUGAAGACAAGGCGAGCGUUUAAGCCUUCCAACUACCAAGUUGCUGUCUCAGUCUUGAAGUUCGUGUCUCCUCGUUAAACCUCAAUUCCCUUCCCUCCCCUCCCCAAUCUUCAAACUUCCAAUUCUAAUUUCUCUCCUCAAAUUCCUAAAACUAGCAUAAACCCUAGAAUUUCAUCCUUCAAUUUCGACUUCAAUACUUCACCACUGUAAUGCGACCAAUUUCUUCUUUCAACUAUAAACAACAAUGGCGGUCGCCUUUUGUCGUGACUUCCGCGAUCGAAUCUCUGACCGUUGCUUAGGCUGCUUCCCUUGUCUCUCUGAUCCAGCUAGGAGAUCGUCACUAUGUUUGAAGAUUGCUUUGGUUGUUAUUCAUCUUAUUUAUCUUGUAGUUCUGUUUUAUGUCGAUAGAUUCAAUCUCAUCCAUUCUGCUCACGGAAACCCUUGGUACAUUGGACUUUACCUUUUGCUUUUUGUGGCAACCUUGAUACAAUAUUUCGUCACUUCUGGCUCUUCUCCUGGUUUCGCACUUAAUGCAAAGAGGGUGGUUGAUGAGGGGUCUUCAUUUUCUACGGCACCACUUAUAAACUCCAAGCAGUCUGCUACGAGUAAAAAUGGGAGCAUAGUUAUAACGGUGGAUGGUAAUCCCGUGACAAGAAGCUUCCCUGGAAGUAAUGCAACGGGCUGGACUAAAUUAGUGAUGGAGAUGUAUCCUCCUGGAACCUCUAUGAGACAAUUGACUUGCACGUACUGUAAUAUUUUACAGCCUCCUCGAGCAAAGCAUUGCCAUGAUUGUGAUAAGUGCGUUCUUCAGUUUGACCAUCAUUGUGUGUGGCUUGGGACAUGUAUAGGCCAGGGAAAUCAUUGUCGAUUUUGGUGGUACAUCUGUGAAGAGACAGCGUUGUGCCUUUGGACAGGCAUUUUGUAUAUUACGUAUCUGAAGGCUAACAUAUCAAGAUCUUGGUGGAUGGAUGCAGUCAUGGUAGUAUUGCUCAUCACUUUGUCAAUAUCAUUGAUCUUUCUAGUGCUUUUGCUUCUAUUUCACAGUUACCUUAUUCUGACAAAUCAAACAACAUAUGAACUUGUAAGGCGUAGACGUAUCCCAUACAUGCGGGCAAUACCUGAAAGAGUGUAUCCAUUCAGCAACGGGAUUUGCCGCAAUUUGUACAAUUUCUGCUGUGCACAAAGUAGCAUUUACGAUCUUGAACGUUUACCAACAGCUGAAGAACUUGAAAUCAAGAGCAGACCACUUGCAUGUUCUGAUAUUUUAUGCUGCCGUUGCUGUUGACGUUGUGCUCAUAGUGAUGUUUUUAUAUAGUUGUAACAAUUUAGUUUGGCCACAUUGUAAAUGUCUAUGGCUCCAUGCACCUAUUGUGUUACUGCGUGCCUGAGAAAUGUCAAAUCAUAUGUAUCUGAGAAAUGCCAUAGUGUGCCAUUUCUGGGUUGCUCGAGUUUUUGAUCACAUUUGAGUUAGCUGUGACAUUGUUUUUA